UGAGUCCAAUUUGUACUUCUGUUACCAGAUCAUCUCGAAAUUAUUCACCAUGUCUCUCGCAACUCUUGACACAUCGCAACACCCAAACCUCCCCACCGCAUCCGCGACUCUCUUCAAGGCCAAGGCUGCCAAGAAAUUCAGCUUCGAACAGAUUGCCCAGCACAUUGGUCGCAACGAAGUCGCAACCGCAGCCAUCUUCUACGGCCAGGCCAAGGCCUCGGCGGAGGACAUCACCAAACUCGCUUCCCUCCUGGAAAUCCCCCAUGAGACCCUGGAGGAGCAGCUCAGCGGCUGGCCUGAUCGCGGCAAGUCCGUGGAAAUGCCUCCCAAGGAGCCUCUGAUCUACCGCUUGUAUGAGAUCGUGCAGAACUAUGGGUAUGCCUACAAGGCGGUUUUGAACGAGAAGUUUGGAGAUGGUAUCAUGAGCGCUAUCUCGUUCUCAACAAAUGUGGAGAAAGAGACAGAUGCUGAUGGAAAUAACUGGGCUGUUAUUACCCUUCGUGGCAAGUGGCUUCCUUUCUCGAGAUUCUGAAGGGAUCACGCCAUUGUUCCGAGGAGGCUGAGUGGGCUUUGUGCCUCAUGUAUGUGGAUUGAUGAUCUUAUGUCCAAUGUAUGUUUGAAAGUAUAUAGUAUGAAUGUGUAUGCGUAA